AUGUAUAUGAGAACAAGUGAUCAGAGGCAGGCGACAUCAAAUGUGAUUGGAGAAUUCAUUAAAUCAAAGUACAUAAACCUCAAAACUGUGUACAAGCCGGCUGAUAUUUUGAGGGACAUGAAAGAUGAUUAUGGAAUAAAAAUGAACUGCUCCAAAACCAACAGAUCGAAAGCCAUGGCUCAAGAAAUGGUGAGAGAAAAACCAAAUGAGUCUUUUUCAUUACUACCGAGCUACUUGUACAUGCUAAUGGUUACAAAUCCAGGUUUUUUUGUUAAAUUGGAAGUAAAUGAUGAUGACAGUUUCCUUUAUGUUUUUAUGGCGUUGAAUGCAUCUAUAAAAGGAUGGGAGUUUUGCAUUCCAAUAUUUGUUGUUGAUAGUACUUUCCUUACUUCAGCCAAUGGUGGUACGCUUUUAACAGCGUGUGCACAAGAUGAAAAUGGUAAGAUCUUUCCUCUAGCUUUUUGCAUAGUUGAUUCUGAAAACGAUGCAUCAUGGGAAUGGUUUAUGAUAAGGAUUAGAGAUGUGUUUCAAAUGCAAAGAGACAUGUGUAUAGUCUCUGAUCGACAUGAAAGCAUCAAGAACACAUCCACUGCUGUGUUUCCAGAAGCUACUCAUGCUUUGUGCACAAUCCAUUUGUACAACAAUAUAAAAAAAACUUCAUGA